UACCAGAAGUAGGAAGAGAUGGCUAUUUUCUCUUUUCUGGUGACGUGCAGCUUCCUGGUCAUCUUCAACCUUCAGCUGCACGACGCCUUACCUGUCAGCAGCAGCUUGACCUCCGCUCACCUGGACAGCUUCAAGGUGCUCCUUGGCGGACUGGAGGAGGCCCUUGCAGAGCGGAGGGACCACCUAAACAUGGACGCCCGUGCACGGCAGCCAGAGGACGCCGCCGUGGAUGAGGCAUCAAUCCGGGAGUUCCUCUCCACCAAAAACCUGAAGAGCGUCCACAACAACAACAACUCCAAGAAAUCUUCCGCUUGUUUUGGUCGCCGUAUGGACCGGAUUGGUUCCAUGAGCUCACUGGGCUGCAACAAUGUCGGCAAAUAAAACUCCAAAUCCACAUGAAGUCUUACCACCCGUGACCCCGUGGAACUGCAACGUCUCUACCAAAAGAUUCUUUCUAUGUAUUGUAUAUUUAUUAUUAUUUCCUGAUAUUUAUUCAUCAUUGUUUUGUGCCUUAUAAAUCUAUUUAUUUCAACAUGUGCAACAUCAUGUUUGCUUUGU